AUGGAAAAAAUUUGUAGAUUAAAUGAAGAUGUAAGUCUGAACUUUUUACAAUUUUUCCCCAAUUUUGCAGCACAAAAAGAUUAAUUUUGAUACUUACAGAUUUGGAACAUUAUCAUUAAACAUUGUGAACUGACAUCGUUAACAAAUUUGGCUAGAAGUGGCUGCCAUAUAAAUGACUUCAUUAAUCUAGAUUUUCAUAAGCUUUGUGUGGAUAAUCAUAUUUUUCGACUUCCAGGAGAAUCUUGGGCUGAUGCUUUUGCUGAGUAAGUCCAAAGAACAUAUUCCCAGUAUUAAACACAUACACGUAGGCUUAAAUCAGAAGGCUCCGUACGAUCAGUAUAAUUUCAGUUUUCAUCGGCGUGGAUAG